AUGGCGCUCUACGGCGCGCCCAUUUGGGCUGAACGACUGACGACACGCGCAAAGGCACUGCUCCGUCGGCCACAGAGGUUAGUGGCCCAAAGAAUGGUGAGGGCCUACCGCACCACCUCUCACGCAGCGGCAUGCCUUCUUGCCGGCACCCCACCUUGGGAGCUGGAUGCGGGGGUGCUGGCGGAGAGGUACGGGCUUAAAGUGGAAGCCAGGGAGCGAGGAGAGGUCCCGGACGCUGAGGAAGCCGAGAGAAGGGAGCGGGCUGCCGCGGAGCGCCUGAAAGAAAGAUGGAGGGAUGCCUUGGAGAAUAGCGCCUAUGGAACCCGAACCAUAGGUGCUAUCCUCCCAGUGAUGGACGAGUGGCUCAGCCGCAGGAGGGGUCCCUAA